AUGAAGCUUCGACUGCACUUUGUGGUGGACCCCAUGGGCUGGCUGUGCAUCAGCAUGGUGUUUGGAAUCUGGCUCUAUAACACUUUCUUUAUUCCUAAACUGGUCCUACUUCCACACUACAACGAGGGACACAUCCCCUGGGCCAUAGUUGUUUGUUAUUACAUAGCAUCGGCACUCUGCGUAGCGGCCCUUUUCCGAGCUUCCACAGCAGAUCCCGGGCGUCUUCCUGUGGACCCCCACAUACCUCACGCAGAGCGAGAGCACUGGGAGUUGUGCAAUAAGUGCAACUUAAUGAGACCUAAAAGGUCCCACCAUUGCAGUCGUUGUGGCCAUUGUGUACGUAGAAUGGACCACCACUGUCCUUGGAUCAAUAACUGUGUGGGAGAAGACAACCACUGGCUCUUCCUGCAGCUCUGUUUCUACACUCAGGUCCUCAGUUUGUUCACUCUGGUGCUGGACUUCUGCCAAUACUACUACUUCCAGCCUCUGACAGGACUCGACCAGGAGAAGUUUACAACACGCCAUGAACUAGCUCUGCUGCGGGUCUCAGCGCUCAUGGGUUUGGUCAUGUUUGGUGGCAUGACUAGCUUGUUUUACACUCAGAUGGCAGGCAUCCUCUCUGAUACUACAACUAUUGAGAAAAUGGCUACGUUCUCAAAUGAAAUAUUUGGCUCUAACAGAUCCUGGCAGUGGGCGUUAGCUGAAGUUUGUGGCACUCGCUGGAAACUACUGUGGCUCAUCCCGCUCCGAAGCAGGCAGCCAAUCCAAGCCAGCCACCACUUCCGCACCCACGUGUAGGCCGGGAGCACUACAGUACCUCCUACCUGCACAGAUGGUAGGGUUGCCAUGAUGAAACACUAGUAUACACACUUAAGAAUCCAUCUGCUCGCCUUCAACAUCCUCUUUUGUGCUUUUGGAACUGGGCAGAAGUCUUGGUUUGUCAGUGGAUACUCUAAGCUGUUUUUUUUUUGUUUUUUUUUUGGUCUUUUUUUUGCGCCUUUCUCCACAAGACCCAGACUGGCAGUAAACAGGGUCAAGGAACACCUAAGGGAGUAACAGGAAAAUGUGGCUUUUUUACUCACUGUGACUGCUACUUUCAACAUUUGGAAACCACUUUAAAUGGCUAAUUGCAUCAGAAGGAUGUAAGGCUUCGCUUGAAAGCAGCUGGCGAAAGGGACCCCUCUCAGGUUACUUUAAUAAAGAGCCUUCACUACUGACCUUUAAUCAACUACAGACAGAACUAGGGUAACUCCAGUGUGUCUAUUAGAAAGGCAAUUUUUUGUAUAAAGUUUGUGCCUUGUUUCUUUUAACUGUGUCCUUUUUUAUUUGUCAUGCAUGAGCAGUGUUUUUGUUUUAUGUUUUCUGGUUGGUGAUCUCUGGAAAUUUCUUGUGAAUAGUGAAGGGAUGUGGGGUCAACUUCACUCAUGUAAGUGGUGAUCAUUUAAUGAUUCAUGAAUGUUUUAGUGCAUUGUUUUAUCUAUGAAGUGAUAUUUUAUGAAGCAUGGUCACAGAACAGAGGUCAUAUCUUGACUACUGAUAUGGUAUAUUUUUAUGGCAAAAAGCCAGCCGGGUAUGAAGAUGUGUUAUAGCAGUCAGACAGUUAAUACUCCACCACGCCAUAGUAAAAGUCGAAAAUUAGAAGCAAGUUUAUACUAUCAAUCUUAGGCUGUAUAUCUUGUAUUCAAACCUGCUGUAUAAUCAAGUGGUUUCUCUGAGUAUAAAAAAACAUUCCACAGCCAAUUUAUAUCAUGACCUGAUCACAACCUGUUGUGAAGUAUGUUUUGUUCUGUAUGUAUGUUAGGUUCUAGUGUCACAUAUUGUCACCCAAAAUCACCCUGUAUAUCUUAAAAGAAUAGCUUGUCAUUUUGUGAGAUACACUUUUUCGCUUUAGUCAGAUGAGAAGAUCGAUACCAAUCUCAUGUCUCUACACUAAAUAUGAAGCUACAGCUAGCAAGUGCUUAGCUUAGCUUAGCAUAAAGACACAACCUGUAAAACCACAGCUUUUCUUUUUUACACUUUUUUGUAUGGAUUAAACAAACAAGAUGUCACAUGUUAACUAUAGAGCUGUUAAUAAGCCCGUUGGCUGUAGCUUUAUCUUGACAUGAAAAAAUUUGGUACUGAUUGUCUUGUCUAAUUUUCGGAAAGAAUAUGAAUAAGUGUAUUUACCAAAAUAUCAAACUAUUCUUUUUAAUAAUCCCUUAAGCUUAAGUCUGCGCUGUCAUCACACUUGCAUCGGCACAGGUGACUUUUGAACACGUCUUUCAAUUUAGCACUUUUCCUGAUAAUAUGAUUUUUAAUUUAUACUUAUAAUUUUUAGUGCUACAGCUGUUAUAGUUAGGUCUUCAAUGUGUCUGAACAAGUGGCUUUAUAAAUGUAUAUCUUUACAUAAAAACUAGCAUUAGUCUACAUGUUGUGACAUACAGCUAGUUGACACAACAUUGACUGUUUAUUUAUGGUGGUUUUGCUGUAACACUAUGUUACUGUUUAGAGAUUUUAUUGAAUUCUUUAGCAGGAUACUUAAAGAUAAAAUGAUUCAGUGCAUUAUAACACUAGCAUAACGUGGUUGCCAUUGUCUAUAAUACUUGGCAAUCCCAUAGCUAAACCUGUAUGUAAACCAAGCUUGCCAUGUGUGGGAAAUAUUACAAUAUCCAAGUAGUUUAAGUGCCUUUCUAGGUCUUCUUUUUACUUUAACACUACAUCAUCAUCAUUACGGUGGUCUCCAUAAAAGCCAAAGACCUCGGGAAAUGUUGCAAUAGUCAGCAAGCAUUCAGUAAAUGCAUGUUUCACCAAAUUUCUGAAGGUAGCGGUUUAAUAUUAUGCACUGAUUUUCACAUUAGCACUCAGUCUGUUAACUGCAUCAAAGGGACUCUCAAAACAAACUUGAAGUUAUUUUAUUUGAUGUGUAUCCUUUGUUUUAUUCUUAUGUUUAAUCCGGUGGUUCGCAUUUGCAUGAGUGUGUGUAGAUAACUUUGCUCAGUGGUUUUUAUAACUCAGAUUCAGGUUCUUGAAUGUUUGUGUGAACAAGUAUUAUAUUAUCUUUGUGGUGGUGGGAUAAUGGGUGGGCAUAUAUGUGUGACUGGUAUUAAAGAACGGGGUACUACUGAUAGAUUAUGUUCACCUGUUUUUUUGUUUUUUUUUUUACAAAUAAUUUUUGAAAGCAAUAAGCAUUAUGUAUCCGUAAAGCCAUUCUUAUCGUAACAACAGUAGUGAAAAUCUGUAUUGUUUUGUGAAGCAUGUAAACUGGGUGGAUGAAUUUUCCGUUAUUACUCACUAACCAGUGAUUAUCCGACUUAAACAUCUGUCAAUACUUCAGUAACCUCAGCCGGGAUUAAUGCUACUGUAGCUGCUGUGUAUAGUUUUACAGAAUAUCUCCAAUAAACGACCUAACAGUUUCAACACCUCAGGUCAGAAACAGAGUAUCAGGCUUGAGUUCAUUCAAUUUAAAUUGAGAGCUGCCAGAGACUAGAGGUGUGAUCAGAGAAGCUGUGCUCACUCACGUCCCCUCACAGCCAUUGUGGUGUCCCCCAGGGUUCUUAGUUGGGGUCUGUGCAGUUUUGUUCAUUUUGUUUAUUUGCUUUUGGAAGUUUUUGGAAUGUGUUUUAUUUUGUUUAAUUCAGACCUCAAACACUGGAAUUGGUUACAUUUUGUUAAUUAAAUGAUAAAUCAUAAAUAUGUUAUCCAUUUCUUUAUGCCUAGAAAGCCUAUGAAAAAUUGUCAAUUGAUCAUGUUAGAAAACUGUAUUAAUUGUGUUUAUAGAUAAUAUCA